AUGAAAACGAAACGUUCCACUAGUAAAAUACGUAAUUCUGAACCAAUAGACGAUAUACUACGUCAUGUAGGAACUAAACAAUAUUUAUUUUUGGAAACACAUAUUUGUACAAUUUAUCGAGUAACAUGUGCACCUGGAGAAACAUUUAGUGAAUCAAAAGCAUUAUCAUUAAUAGAAAAAUAUCAUCGUAAAAGACAAGCACAUUGUAAUGCUGGUUUAUUGGAAGAUCGAUUUAGUUUGGAACGUACAAAAACUACUGGAAAAAUACCAUUUCGUCCAUGGGUAUCAUAUAAAGAAAUUAUGCAUUUUUAUGUAAGUCAUUCUAAACCGGAAUUCUUUGCAUUAUGUAUUGAUUCACAACGAAGUUUACAAAAAUAUUAUGAAAUAUACAAAUGUAAGAGUGCAGCAAAUGUUAGAAAAGUUGAAGAAUUAAUGAGACGUGCAAUGAAUGAUCCAGACAAAAAACUACAUGAUGUGAAUGCACUAAGACAAGUAGCGGUGAAAGAUAGUGACCGAAUACGUUCCCUGCCGAAUUUCGAAGAAGAAAAUAUACGUGAUACUAUGGUUGAAGAUAGAUCUCCCUCACCACCAUAUCAGUACCCAUCACCACCACCAGUACGUCAGUUACCUUCUCCUGUGAUGGUAGCCCCAGUAAGACAAGUCCCUGUGUACAAUGCAGCAUCACCUAGCCCAGUAAUUAAUUUUGAACGUUAUAAUGUUGAUGAUCUAGAAAAUGUCACGUAUAUCAAACUGGAUCCUAACAGAGGUCCAAUGAUAGAUAAAGAAGGACCAAUUUAUAUGUUUUUUUCAAGGCAGAAAAACAAUCAAAGUGAACCAAAUCUUUACAAUAAUUAUGUUAAUCAUGAUUCACCAACUUGGAACAGAAGAACUAAAAACUCUAAUGUAAUGUAUUCACCAUGA